AAGAAGGCUCUCUUCCCGUCCGCAGCAGCAAGAAGUAAGGCUCAGUACCCAUCCAUCACUUGCCCAAAGCAAGUAAGGAUCGAUCUCAAGGACACAUAUAUAGCUAGCUACUUCCCUAGCUAGGUAGCCCACCCAGAUCAUCAUCGACUCAGUAGCAGAUCGAUCGAGAUCAUGGCUCUCGCAUCUCUGUCCAAGGUGGUGCUCGGCUCCAUCGCCUUCGGCGUCUUCUGGGUGCUGGCCGUGUUCCCGUCGGUGCCCUUCAUGCCCAUCGGCCGCACGGCCGGCGCCCUGCUCAGCGCCGUGCUCAUGAUCAUCUUCCACGUGAUCAGCCCCGACGACGCCUACGCCUCUGUCGACCUGCCCAUCCUCGGCCUGCUCUUUGCCACCAUGGUGGUCGGCACCUACCUCAAGAACGCCGGCAUGUUCAAGCACCUGGGCACCCUGCUCGCCUGGAAGAGCCAGGGAGGCCGUGACCUGCUCUGCCGCGUCUGCAUCGUCACCGCGCUCGCCAGCGCGCUCUUCACCAACGACACCUGCUGCGUCGUGCUCACCGAGUUCGUGCUGGAGCUCGCCGCCGAGCGCAACCUGCCGGCCAAGCCCUUCCUGCUCGCGCUCGCCUCCAGCGCCAACAUCGGCUCCAGCGCCACGCCCAUCGGCAACCCCCAGAACCUGGUCAUCGCCUUCAACAGCAAGAUCCCCUUCCCCAAGUUCCUCCUGGGCAUCCUGCCCGCCAUGCUCGCCGGCAUGGCCGUCAACAUGGCCAUGCUCCUCUGCAUGUACUGGAAGGACCUCGCGGGGACCAGCGGCGGCCCUGCUGCUGACGACAAGCCGCAGAUGGAGGCCGUCGAGGAGGGCCUGCAGGCGUCAAAGACUCCCUCCCCGUCCCCAGGGAAGCUGAGGACGACCAACGGAGGAGCAGGAUACAGCUCGCCGUUGAUGACAGAGGACAUCUCCACCAAGCACCCCUGGUUCAUGCAGUGCACGGAGCAGCGCAGGAAGCUCUUCCUCAAGAGCUUCGCCUACAUCGUGACCGUGGGCAUGGUGAUCGCCUACAUGGUUGGGCUCAACAUGUCGUGGACCGCCAUCACCACGGCCAUCGCCCUGGUGGUGGUGGACUUCCGCGACGCCGAGCCGUGCCUGGACAAGGUGUCCUACUCGCUGCUCGUCUUCUUCUCAGGUAUGUUCAUCACGGUGAGCGGCUUCAACAAGACGGGGCUGCCCGGGGCCAUCUGGAACUUCAUGGCGCCCUACUCCAAGGUGAACAGCGUCGGCGGCAUCUCGGUGCUAUCCAUCAUCAUCCUGCUCCUCUCCAACCUCGCCUCCAACGUGCCCACGGUGCUGCUGAUGGGCGGCGAGGUGGCCUCCGCGGCGGCGCUCAUCUCCCCGGCGGCGGUGACGAGAUCGUGGCUGCUGCUGGCGUGGGUGAGCACGGUGGCGGGCAACCUCUCUCUGCUGGGCUCGGCAGCCAACCUGAUCGUGUGCGAGCAGGCGCGCCGGGCGCUGCGCAAUGCUUACGACCUCACCUUCUGGAACCACAUCGUCUUCGGCGUCCCAUCCACCCUCAUCGUCACCGCCAUCGGCAUCCCCCUCAUCGGCAAGAUCAACGUCUAGCUAGUCCUGCCGCCAGCCACCAUGCAUAUCAACGCCGGCCGGCCUGACCAGCAUGCAUCCAUCUGCAUUAUUAAUUUAUUAUUGCAUCGCCUGGGUUCAACUUCAACCUGGAAUACCACAUAUAUGCAGCAUA